AUGGCCGUCGCACGAUCUCUUCGCCGGACCAAUCCCAUCACGCUGGUCUUGGCCGGUCUCUUGACAUUUGGCUUCCUCAUCUUCAUCUUCUCGUCGACCGACGCUGGCCCAGCGCUGCAUGUCCCUGGUGCUCGACAACUGCUUAAGUCCAAAGAUGCAGCCUCCAAUGCCCUCUCUCCGCCCUCGCUCCCUUUUUUCAAGUCGACCCUCAAGGCCGGCGAAAAGGCUCCUCCUCCGCCAGUUGUCCACUACCACAUGAACAACGUCACAAACACCCCAGACCCCGUCGGAAACCGUGAAAGUGUCCUCAUCCUCACGCCCCUCGCCCGCUUCUACGAAGAGUACUGGAACAAUCUUGUCGCUCUGUCAUACCCUCACGACCUGAUCAGCUUGGGCUUCAUCAUUCCCAAGGGCCGUGAGGGCAAUGCAGCAACCGCUCAGCUCCAAGAACAAAUUGCCAGGACUCAAGCAGGCAACAAGCGCUUCGCUUCCAUUACCAUCCUCCGUCAAGAAGACGAGCCCCCGCUUCAAAGCCAGUCGGAACACGACCGUCAUGCCAUGUCGGCCCAGAAAGAGCGCCGUGCCGCCAUGUCGCGCGCAAGAAACGCUCUGCUUUUCACAACCCUUGGUCCUACCACUUCUUGGGUCUUGUGGCUCGAUUCGGACAUUGUCGAGACUCCCCACUCGCUGAUCCAAGACCUGGCGGCAUUUGACAAGCCCAUUAUUGUGCCCAACUGCUUCCAGCGUUUCUACGACAAGGAAAAGGGUGCCAUGGACGUGCGCCCUUAUGAUUUCAACAGCUGGAUCGACAGCAACACUGCGCAGAACUUGGCAUCUAAGAUGGGCCCUGAUGAGAUUUUGCUCGAGGGCUAUGCCGAGAUGGCCACGUAUAGAAGUUUGAUGGCGUAUAUGAGCCACCCAGGUGGUAACCCCAAGGACAUUGUCAAUUUGGACGGUGUUGGCGGAACAGCAUUGCUCGUCAAGGGCGAUGUCCACAGAGACGGGGCCAUGUUCCCGCCAUUCCCAUUCUACCAUCUCAUCGAGACGGAAGGAUUUGCAAAGAUGGCCAAACGGCUGGGAUGGAGCAGUUGGGGUGUGCCCAACUAUUUUGUAUACCACUACAACGAGUAA